AUGAGGCAGCGCGGUAUCUUGGAUCAAAUUUACAUAGGCAACGCUGGAGUAAAAAUUCGAUUAACGAAAAAAGGUAUAAACCAUGUGAAGACCGUCGGUGUUCGUCUGCUAAAUGAACAGAUCUCCCAGCUUUCUGGUUAUUCUACCCAGUUUGCUAUCUCACAACCAGGAAUUGAAGGAUUUGUGAAUUUAAACAACGUUAGAGUGUUGCAGUUCAACCCUCCUCAGGUUUCUGUGGUGAACUUCCUUCCUCCUCGCUAUGUGGUCCUCGGACUAGAGAAUAUGGACAUUUGGUUAAAUGGAGCAUUUUACGGAAAUGGUGGUCCACUCCAAGUCGAAGGAUUCGUUGAUGGCAGCAUUAUCGGCAUGACUGUAGCCCUAACCACAGAGUUCUCAAGCACAGAUGAGGGACUGAUGAGCGUUCAGGUAAUGAAUGCGGUAGAAAAGUACAAAAAUACGGUACAUACCUGCACUGUAGGUUGCAAACUGCUCUACAAUAAUAAGCAGAAGUCAUUUCAACAUCAAUCCUCAAGGACCUAUGGGUCCGCUGGUGAAAACGCUGGAGGUAGCAGUUUUCUCUUUCAUGACACAUCUAUCAUUUAUCUCACCUUGAAUUUUUAUGGCCUAAUCAACGAAGGGAUUCGACAUCGGAUCCCGGGAAUGUUCUGUAAAAAGCUCAAACAUCUCAUCGAAGACAAUUCACCCCGGUUAUUCAAAAAGCUAGUGAGAACUGAGUUCGAAGAGCAUUUUCAAGAGUUUGGACUAAUCGAUAGCCCUGUGAUCAAAAAGUAA